CUCCAAUGGAUCCUCCCCUUCAUUCCCCGAUUUGCAGGCUCGAGCUCAAGACCAUCACUCUGUCGUCAUGGCGUCCACUAUCGCGUCGUUCGCCAACUUCCUCAAACAGUCCAAGGCGCACGCCGUCGACAACCGCGAAGUGUUGAUCGCUGGCGUCCUAUACAAGAAGCCGGAGCGCAACUCGCUGCUCUGGAAGAAGCGCUACUGCGUCAUUUACGCCGGCGAGUUGCAGAUCGUGUACUUCCUGUCCCUCGAGGACUUUGAGAAGCGCGCAAUCCGCGGCAAAAUCCCCUUCAGCUCAGUACACGCGUGGGACGGCAAGCCCAACGGCUUCCAGUUCUACACGCCCGCCGACAACUGCUUCCGUGUGUACACGGACUCGUCCGAGGAGCAGCAGAAAUGGAUCGACGUCAUGCAGCAGUGUAUCGACAAUGCGCCCGACAAAAAGGACGGCGAGAAGGUCGAGUACACGCGUCCUGUGGCCUCGUCUCCUUCGUCUUCGCCCAAGGGCGCGAGUUUCCGCUCCAAACGCAGCGACUCGUGGCGUGAGGAGGACCCGGACGUGCUGUCCAUGGCCGUCGAGCUCGAGGAUCUGCGUAGUGAAGUGACUACACUCAAGGCCGAGUUGGCCUCGUACGAACAGGCUGAGAAGAAAUACGGUGCCGAGAUCUCGGCUGCGCGUACACGUCGUGGCUCGGUACUGGACGAUGGCACGGAGCUCAACAUGGAGCCGCAGGAGAUGGAGCGUAUGCGCGCCAUCUUCAACCUCUUCGACGUGCAGGGCAACGGCUUCAUCAGCGAAGACGAUCUCCUGGACCUCCACGCGAAGCUAGGAGAGCCUAUCUCCAACGAAGAUGCGCGUGAAGCCAUCUCGUACAUGCACAGCAAAUCUGCCACUGGCCAGAUCGACUUUAACUCGUUCAUGAAGUGGUGGAACGACGACCACGCGGCAGACAACCAGACGGAAGCCAUGCGUCGCUACCAGGCCAAGUUCAAAUUCCUCAAGGCUCGUAUCGCCAACCCUGAGGUGGGAAACAUCGAGACGGAGGCUGUGGGCGCCUUCCCGAGCUUCGAGUUCCGCGUCAACUUCUACCACACGGGACCCAAUGGCGAACGUCAGCAGAUCUCGCCGUGGCACGACAUUCCGCUGUACAAUCCCGACGGAACUGUCAACUUUAUCUGCGAGAUCCCUAAGUGGACGCGUAAGAAAAUGGAGAUCGCCACGGGUGAGCCGUUCAACCCCAUUAAGCAGGACACGAAGAACGGCAAGCUGCGCGAAUAUGGCUGGGGAGAGAUGAUGUUUAACUACGGCGCUAUGCCCCAGACGUGGGAGGAUCCGUCCCAUGUGACGGAAGGCACGGGUUGUGUGGGUGACAAUGACCCGAUUGAUGUCGUGGAAAUCGGAACGAAGCAGUGGCGUACGGGCUCCAUCGUGCAGGUCAAGAUCCUGGGCGUUCUCGCCUUGAUUGACGACAAUGAGACGGACUGGAAGGUUAUUUGCAUCAACGUGGAGGACCACUACGCCCCGCUCAUCAACGACGUGGCGGACAUUGAAGCGCACAUGCCUGGCUGCAUCACGGCCAUCCACGACUGGCUGCGCGACUACAAGCUGCCGCAGGUCAACAAGUACGGCUACGACGACAAGUGCAUGGGUCGCGACUUCGCGGAGGCCACAGUGGCCGAGACCCACGAGUUCUGGAAACUGCUGAUCGAGCAGCGCGGCGGCCAGGCCACCGUCUAAGCUGCUCAGAGCUCUCUCUACUAGCCAUAAAUCGGGCUAGGAAAUCGUAGACAGGCACCAGGAUGCUGGAGUACAUGUAGAAAACCCUCACAAAAAUGACACACACACCCCAUUGUCCAACA